CUCGAAAUCGGAGUGCGCUCCAAGCUUAUAACACGGGCUGACGGGGUGAAGAAGCUGGGCUGCUACUCCUUUCCACCAAUGCUUUACAUGGUGGCUAAAGCCAAAGCGGGCUACAACAUGCUGGAGCCCGGAAGAAGCAUCAGCGCCGGCCUCGUCCUGCUUCAGAUACUCAAAGCGGAAGGCGCCUCGCGGAUUGUGGCGACUGCAAGCGGCGAAAAGAUGAAUGCAGUUCGAGAGCUUGGGUCGAAAGCUGUCAUUGACUGUACACCUUGGCUUUUUCUUACGGUCCCUGCUUAUGAUCAUGGCCAACGGAACUCUGAUCGAAAAUCCGCACUUACAAUAUUGUGCUUCAGUCCGCGAAUCGGAUAUUACAGUGCUUACGCGCAAAAAUGGCGCUGCCGAUGAACAAUUUGAUCUCAUUCUCGAC